AUGGCUGGUGGGAAUUCAACUGGAGACCACUGCUCCUAUGAUGCACUCAAACAAUGCUCCUCUCGGAUUAUAUGCGACGGCCAAUCCCUGUCCUUGUUCCACAAGAGCUUGAGACACAGGUUGUGGCUUGUGAAUGCUCUGUUGGUCGCCAGCGCCAUCAUGGCGGGAGUCAUAGUCGGGAUAGGCGUCUUUGGCCAACGUUACCGCUACCACUGCCUCACCAGGUUCAUCUUUGUUGGAGCCACUACCUUGUUCUUGCCUCUCAUGUCCACCGUUGUCCCCUUGGUUGCUGGAUCAAACGACUAUGUCACAGACACAGAGGAGGGGCGGUUGGCUGCAAAGUGCGAACCAGAAUUUCAAUCUACCAUGGUCAUAAUAUGGGCAUCCCUUGUUCAGAUAAUCAUGAUCAAUACCAGUGCAAUAGUCGCUGUUGAUGACAGAGAAGGUAGAAACAUAGGUCCUCCUUUUGAGCUGCUUUUUCAGGGGGCCUGGACAGUUUACCUUGGUAUCACCUAUCUGAUCAAUACUGCCGUUGGUGGCAGAAUUCAAAGCAGAGAAGACCUCGAAUUUGUUCUGAUUAUUACUGGAAUUGAAGGGAUACCUUUUGCUCUCACAUGUGCCAAAAUGGUGUCCAAAUAUUAUGCAUUUGAAAAGGCACGGCGAUCCUUUGCUCUCGGAAACAAUCCUCAUCUUAUUUUUGCCUACAUGCAGCAACCACCACCGGUACAAGCAGGGACAAGUCACCGUAGAGAAUCAGCAGUAGUAACUGAUGAGGAUGCUCCUCCACCUCCACUACUGGUUAUGGGAGAGGGGAAAAGAUACAUGGAGAAGCAGUCUCAUGGGUAUGUAUGGAAGGGUGACUCAGGCACACCUGUGCAUGGAAAAGAUGGCCUGGUAACCAUUGAUAGUGUUUGGAAGAUGACAGCCUGCUUCUUUCCAUUCUCAACACUGCAACGACUACAAGACUUAUGCUUGUCCUUUGCAUUCUUCAAGUUGUUGCGGUGCCGGUUUGCAAGGUACAAUGUCAACACUGCUAAUGCCUCGAUUGACAUGUUCACUUUUUUCUGGAGGUUGCUCCUCAAGGAUGGAGACCACAACAGGGUGUUUCAGGUGAUUUCGGAUGAGAUUUCUUUUGUUCAUGACUAUUAUUACACAUCCAUUCCGAUCUCCUAUUCCAAGUGCUGGUUGCCCAUCGUGGGUAUCUUUAUUUCACUCUUGAGCAUAGCUUAUUGCAUCUUGGCUGCAAUGUGGUUCAGCUACCUUUUAGUUGGAAAUACUAGUUCCGUACCUCAGCUUUGGUGUGGCAUCAGUUGCACUGAAAAUCAAUUGCAAACACAAGUGGACCCAAGAGGGUAUGGAAGCUGGCUCUUUGUUCUCGUGCCACUAUUUUUCCUUCUGGUGCUAGUUUUGAUUGUUGAGGUGAGGGACAUAGCUUCCUACAUCUGCUCUGACUGGACCAAAGUAGCCCUCGUGUGUCGCCUCCUAAACUGUGCCGCCUCCUCCUCCUCGAAGCAUUCUCUUUGCAUCCAGAAAUGUGCUGGCGUUUUGCUCCGCUACAGAUGCAAGUUAUUGAGGACGCAAUGGGAUGAGAAAAUUGGCCAGUGCUCAGUAUUGAUGCUUCAGCCAAGAGCAACCCCGCUUGGUCUUCUCUGGCAUCUUUUCCCCUUUUUACCAGACCAGAACAGGAAGGUCAGGGUGCCAGCAGCAGUGAAGGUUAGCAUCAUCCAAGCGCUAAGAAGAACUAGAGAUGAUGGAGGACAGCUGAGCAAUGGAGCAGCAUGUCUCCACCGCCGCCGAGACCAGGUUGGUGAAAGCUUCAACUGGGCUUGCAGCAACAAGAGUACAUCUUAUACCAUACUCACAUGGCACAUCGCCACAAGCAUACUUGAGGUCAGGUACCCACACCUGCAGCAUGUUCAGAAACAGGAUUCCUUGCCACUUUCCAACACUGAUUACAAGAUGGUUGCCACCCACCUAUCAUGGUACUGUGCGUACCUCGUGACAUGGUGCCCUGAGCUGCUUCCUGACGACCAUGAAUGGAGCAGGAGCCUGUACGAGGAUGUCAAGAAGGACGCUCGGCGUGUCCUUGCCAGCUGCACAGCAGGAGACUCAACGACGCCAGAAUUGGUCGAAUUGUUGAGUGCAGAAGCGAAGCAUCAAGUAGUCAAGGACGGCGCGAGGCUGGCAAAGCAAUUGGCGGAGCUGGUGCUCGAAGGUGGUGAUGACACCGUGUGGAGGUUAUUGGCUGAAUUCUGGUCGGAGAUGAUGCUGUAUGUCGCACCGUCCGACAACCUCAAAGGGCACAAGGAGGCAAUCGCCAGGGGCGGCGAGCUGAUAACACUGUUCUGGGUGCUGCUCUUCCAUGCCGGGAUCAUCAGCAGGCCAGGCGAGGUCGACCGCAAUGCUGCUACUUCUGCUGCCGGUGUGGUUUAG